AUGUAUACCAUCAUAUUAAUAGUGCUCAUUAUUUCUACGACUAUUUUAAACCCGACAUACGCCAAUGAAAAACCACUUUCCGCCUCAUUCAUAAGAAGCAUCAACUUGGAAAACCCAACAUGGCGAGCAGCUCGAAAUUUCCACGAAAAUACAACCAUAGAGGAACUUAAAAGAUUGGCCUCGUUGAUGGACAUAAGCAAGGAUGAAAAUUUUCAAUUGCCUUAUCAACCUUUAACGUCACUUUUUCGCUUCUCCUUUUCCCCACCAUCCGAGUUUGAUUCCAGAAAGCAGUGGCCUCAGUGCGAGUCCAUACGGUCCAUAAGGAAUCAAGGGAAAUGUGGGUCAUGUUGGGCUUUUGGAGCAGUAGAAGCAAUGUCGGACAGAGUUUGCAUACAAUCCAGGGGGAAAAUCAAAUUCACAUUUUCUCCACAGGAGUUGGUAUCUUGUUGCUCUGAUUGCGGAUAUGGAUGCGAUGGUGGAUAUUUACUGCAAGCUUGGAGGUAUUGGAUCAUAAAUGGAAUACCAUCUGGGGAUGAUGGAGAUGAAGGAUGCAAACCGUACUUAUCAGGCAUUGAUGGAAUUACCUCUGAAUGCAAACUAGAAUGCCAACCAGGCUAUGGAAAAACUUACAAAGAAGAUUUGAGGUAUGGAGUUAGGGCUUACAGGAUCUGGGGAUAUGAAUUUUUCAUUAAAAACGAAAUUCUAUCAAAUGGACCUGUUGAGGCAGCCUUUAAGGUUUAUGAGGAUUUUUACACAUACGCGUCAGGUGUUUAUGCUCACACCAAGGGUAAUUUGGUGGGAGCACAUGCCGUGAAAAUAAUAGGAUGGGGUAGAGAAAAUGGUGUACCCUACUGGUUGGUGGCCAACUCUUGGGAUUACCUUUGGGGUGAAAAUGGUUUCUUUAAAAUUCUCAGGGGUGAAAACCACUGCGGUAUUGAAAAUAGCAUUAUAGCAGGAAAGGUCAAGUUAUAAAAAUAAUUGUAAAUAUCGUGUAGUGAAUAUAUUAAUAACAAGUGUAGAAAUAUUGUAUUUUUUAUUAUUAUAAGGUUUAAUAAACAACUAGCAAAUUUGAUAUUAAUUUCUUUUUAUUAAAUUUUUAUUAUUUAAAUUUUUUUCUUUCAAUUUAUUAAAAGUUUAUAAUUAGUAUCUUUCCAUAACUUUUUUUAAAUCCAAUUUUUCAGAAAAAAAAGUUUUUUGCAGAAAAAAGGGAAAAAAAUGUUUUUUGUUCUGAGCCUUUAAAAAACUACUAGCAUUUCAAACGAAAAAAUUGUGAAAUUUGCAGAAAAAUUGACUUUUGCAUUAUUUCUGUAUUAUCCGUAGUUUUCGUACUUGAUUCGGAUAAUACGAGAAUAAAUGCAAAAGUAUUUUUUUUGAAAAAUCAGAAAAUUGAAAAACCUUUACAAUUCGUACUACGGAUAAUACGAAAAAAAUGCAAAAGUAAUUUUUUUAAUUUCCCAAUUGUAUCG